AUGUGCCCGCGAAAUUUAGACCUGGCCUAUUUAUCAAUUUUGUUUCCAAUCACAUGGCUGGCUGAAGAAACUGCUACUGUUUCCGCUACCCCUGUGGCUGCUACGCCAAAAAAGGCGAAGAAAAGUCCGAGUAAGAAACCGAAAGCGUUGCCGUCGCAUCCUAAGGUUUCAGCAAUGGUCGUGGAGGCUAUUUCUAGUUUGAAGGAACGCGGUGGCUCAUCUCUGCAAGCUAUUAAGAAGCAUAUUGCAUCACAUCACAAGGUAGAUAUUGACCGUUUGACACCUUUCAUCAAGAAAUACUUAAAGAGUGCUGUAGCGGGUGGAAGCCUGGUUCAGACAAAAGGAAAAGGAGCUACCGGUUCAUUUAAAGUUAGCGCUCCGGUCAGUCAGAAAGGUAAAGAGUCAGGAAAGCAAGAAAAGAAGCCUAAAAAAGCAGCUGCAUCAUCAGCCAAGAAAGCUAAACCAGCUGCUAAGAAACCAGCUAAGGCUAAAAGAGAGAAAAGAAACCUGCCGCUAAGAAAGUUGAGUGUUAAAAAGGCGAGUAAAGCAAAAAGCCCGAAGAAGAAAGCUGUAAAGGCAGCGAAACCUAAGCCUCCUAAAGCGAAAAAAACUUAA